CAGCGUGAGAUAGCCGUGUGCUUGCCGGAUAUGCUCGGCGGCUGCGUAUAGGUUGGGGUACUUAGCCACUGGACUACACCUCAAGUUUAAAGCCAGGCAUGGAGCCCAAGCCAGUGGUAUUUCAGUUUGCAAAAACUGUAAAGAAGUCAAAUGUUUUACAAACACCACUGAAUUCAGCUGAAAAGGUUGAAGAAGUUGAGUUUGUUAAAUCUGUUGAUGACACUGGCAUUGAAAGUACAAGGAAGAGGAAAGAGGCUGCCAUUUUGGUGAUUCCUCUCAAGAAGCCCAGGACAAACCCCGCCCACAAUGAAGAAAAUAAAUCCUCUUUGGACAGUGCCAAAAUAGACCAUGCCAAGUCCUUGGAAGAAACAAGCCUUGACAUGAAAGCAGCAGAAGAACUUCUGAAAGAGACAGCAGAUGGAGCUCAAUCUGGCGCAGAUAAUAAAGAAGUAGAAGACAUCGAGGUUCAUUCAAAUGCCCUCGUUCAGGGCGCGACCAUUGGCGAAGUGCCGACGCUGUCUGACUACCACGAUGUGCCGGUGUCAGAGUUCGGAAAAGCGCUGCUCAGGGGCAUGGGCUGGAAGGACGGCGACGGCACUGGGAAAAAUGGAGAGACGGUGGCGCCGUUCGAGGCAGUGGUUCGACCCAAAGGCCUGGGCCUGGGCGCCACGACGACCACGGCGCAGGCGAGCAAGCCGGCUGACGGCGAGGAGGAGCUGCAGAUGGUACCCGGUGCCUUCGUCGUCGUCACCAUCGGCAAGGAGAAGGGAUGCUACGGUCAGGUGGCCAGUCUGGACGGCGAGGGCAGGGCGCUCGUCAAGAUGGCCGUGUCGGGCAGCACCAGCAGUCUCCCCGAGAGCACGCUCCAGCUGGUCACCAGGAAAGACUACAAGCGCAACAGCCGGGUCCUCAACCAAGACAAGUACAACGAGUACCGCGAAAAGCAGGAAAAGGAGCAUAAGGCAAGCGUGGCGCCGGAGACUGGGUCUCGACAUUCCAAGGACAGAGACCGAGGACACUCUGCCAAACGCCGUACGGACGCCCGGUCCAAGGACGCCAGCAGUCGGUCGGAGAAGCCGGCCGGCGCCGCGGCCCCGGCGGACACCGCGCCCUGGGUGCGGCCGCAGCUGCGCGUGCGGUGCAUCGACCAGAGCUACAAGAAGGGGCGCUACUUCAAGGAGAAGCUGACGGUGGUGGACGUGAUCACGCGUGAGCUGUGCGUCUGCGAGGACGCCGCCGGCCGCCUGCUGGAGGACGUCAGCACCGCCCGGCUGGAGACGGUCGUGCCGCGCCACCGGCCCGCCCACGUCAUGGUGCUGCGAGGCCAGCACCGCGCGCAGGUGGGGGAGGUGAUCGAGCGGGACCAGCGGCGCUGCCGGGCCACCGUCCAGCUGCUGCCCGACCGGCAGCUCUGCACGCUCGGCUACGACGACAUCUGCGAGUACACCGGCAGCAUGGAGGCCUACAGCUAGCGGGCCCCGGCGCCGCGGCGACCGACGGGUCCUGCGGCCAGUGCGCCGGGGUCCGCGGGAACAGGGCGUGUUCAGUGUCGGGGGCUGGCCCUGUAGUGGCCCACCGGAGCCGCAGCAGCAGAGCGCGCCACGUGGCGGGAGCCGCGGGACCGGGCUGCAGCCAGUGUGGGGCUGGCCCUGCGGCGGGCCCACGGAAGCCGCAGCAGCGGAGCGCUCCACGUGGCGGGGGUGGCGGCGGUGGGGUGCUACCCGUCCGUGGGCGGGCGGUGUAACGCGUACACAGUGAUCGCCGCCCGUCGCACCGGCAGCGGCAGCAGUGCACCGGCAGCUGGAGCGCUCGGCUGUGUACCAGCAGCCGUCGCUGCGAGCUGGAGUGUCAUGGUGGUUCCCAGCGCUUCCGCCGGCCGUCCCUGCAAGGCGUGGAUGGCCGCGAUAGGACGACAUAGCUGUUUUGUUAACGUACACACAUCUUGUCAUACCCGAUUAAUGCUGACGUCAGAUCACUGCAUUCAUUAAUAUACAUCAAUGCUGUAUAUGUCAUA